AAUAAACAUCGAAGGUAGAGAAAUUUUUGCUGAGAAAACUUUAAUGAGCACGUAUAGAUAAAUUCAAAUUAUUCGAGCUCCAAUGUCAAAAACGUCGCGUAGAAAGAAAAGCGAAUUUCAUUGUUUUUCUUUUUCGCUUAUUUCUUUUUUUUAUUUCUUACACACUCGUCGAAUAAUGUAAAAAAAGCGCGCGAUAAGAUCUCAAUUAUUAGCGUAUCAUAAUGCAGCGCUAAUUGUUCAAUUGGCAAAAGUAUGUUAGCCGCGAAACGAUGCAAUGGUAUUAUAUUUUUGCUCUUUUUACGAUAAAACCUAAUCGUUCACGGUACUAAAAAUUUGCCUUAUCAUUAUUAUAGUCUCCACAGUGCAGUGGCAAAGCCAAAGUUGGGCCUCGGGUGAGCCAUUGAUCGCUCGAGCGCGAGCCAGACUAUAUGGGAGAACUACCGUCGACGACGACUGCCCACAUAAGUGCGAUCGUCGCUGAUCGACUUUACGAGCGUGAUUGAGAGACCGAAUAAAAAAAUAAAAUAAAAAAAACGCGUAAGAGAGCAACCGCGGCUCGAGUCGGGAAAUUUGCUGUCGGAGGCAGGAAAAACAAAGCGAGACUACGCGAAUGUGUGUGGUGCAAGUUAAAAUUGUGAAUAGUGGGGAUCAUCGUGUAUACAGCGGCGGCAGCAGUAGCAGCAGCAGGCAAAAUCAUAAGCUUGUGUACGUGUGUGUAUCCUCUUUGGUCGGUGUGUAUACGGGAGACGAGAGCAGGUGGAACACGAGCUAUAUAACGCUAAUUGCAACUCUGUAAUCUGCGCGCGUGCCGCGGUCUUCUCUCCUCGUUCCUUUUUUUUUUUCAUUUCGAGCCCAAAAGAGAGAAAAGUGCCGCGUGCUCGACGUUACAGUAGUAUUGUUGAUUACUCGGGCGCGAGCGCCAGUGCGCCGCACUUUCGAAAAACGCCGAGAGUGGAUGAGUGACUCGUCGCUUCGCCUUGAUUUUUUUUUCAACACACAUACAUGGUGCUCAGUGCGCGAGUGAAACAAAGGAGAUCGAGCUUGCGGUCUGGAAGAAAGCUUUGAAUUGGCUUCGCAAGUGUCAAGUUCUCAUUGAAUGAAAAAGGAUUAGGCUUCGAGAAAAUCAUUGAAAUAAAUCAAAAUGAGAAGAGGCAGCGUCUCGACGUUUGCCGACGAUGGUCGGCGUCACUCGAGCAUCGCGCUGCCGGAACGAAGCAAUAGCUUGAGGCAAGAGGAGCCGCCGAUCAACGAGGUAGCCUUCGAAGUCACUGGUGGCUGCUACAUAUCCUACCGCCAGAUAGCUUUCGCCUUCGUUUUUCUGCUCGCCUGUGCCAUAGCCUCGGCUUUUUUGGCUGUGCAUCUGACCAGUCGCAACGACAAGGAUCCAAGAAAUGCCCUGGAGAUCCUGGCGAAGGAGGAAGACGUGCCGGAAAAUUAUGUGCUGUCGUCCAGCGUCAGGCCGACGCGCUACACGCUCGAGCUUGUUCCGAUCGUCGAGUUGGCCGAGCGUGGACAGGACGUGAUCCAGGGAUUUCUCACCGUCGAAUUCGUCCAGAACGCCGACAGGGCAGUGUCCCAACUGGUCCUCAAUGCUAAGCACCUGUCGAUCAGGAGCCAUCGGCUCUUCGUCUACGGCUUCGAGAGCAAUGCCACCAAUGUCAAUGCCAGCAGCACUCAAGUCGUCAGGAGCAAGCGCGACUUGUCGUCGGCCGCUUCGGACCUGGACUCGGCAGCGACCUCGGAUAGUUCCGAGCAGUCGCACGCCGAACCGGAUGUAAUCGUUAAAAACGAAGUGAAAAUCGCAAGUAACAAAACCGACGAGUCCGGUGGUGUCUACGUCAUUGUCACCGAGAAUAAUCUAGUACGAGGCAACUAUUCCCUAGAAAUCGAGUACGAGACGACGGUCGACGAUCGCGUCGUAUUCGUAAAAAAUUUCACGAAAAAUGGCAUCGAUAAGCUGUUGUUGGUAUCAAAAUUGAAGCCCGUCGCAGCUUCUCGCUUGUUCCCGACCCUCGACGAUGCAAGACUCAAGGCGAGCUUUGUACUCACCGUGACACAUCCACGAGACUCCAAAGUACUAUCCAACACUCCUGCGGUCACUUCCAGUGAAUCAGACGACGACAUGGCAACUGAUACGUUCGCGGCCACCAGCCCAAUGUCAGCUUACAAUCUGGCCUUUGUCGACGGCGAUCUCGAAAAUCUGGAAGAAUUAGCUCCCAACGUAUCUCAUUGGAGUAUCAACAAGCCCGCCACGGAUUUUUAUCUGCGCGACAAAGUUGGCCCCGUAUUCGAAGUCUACAACGAAUUGUUGCAGGGUGUAGCUCGGCCCAUUGACAAGCUCGACAUCGCGGCGCUGCCCGUCGACACGGACGGCCUCUCUGCGCCUGGAUUGAUCGUCAUGAGGGAAACCCUUUUCUAUACGGAACUCGACGACCCACCGCUCACCAAAGCCAAAGCUCUUCUGAAUUUGAUCGGCCUCGUUGGUCAGCAAUGGCUUGGCGGUCUCGUCGACGCUAAAAAUUGGACAGACGCUUGGUUUCUUGAAGGUUCGGCCAUCUAUCUGCAAUAUGCUCUCAUCGACAAGAUUGACCAGAGUCUCGAGGCUUCGGACGACUUUUUGAUCGAUAUUCAGCUGGGCUCGAUGGAGAACGACGCGUUUCUCAUCUCGAAAGCUUUAAACUACAAAGUCGAUCGUAACCGCGUUGAAGCCUUCGAUCUGACCGACAACUAUAAAAAAGGUGCAUGCCUGAUAAGCAUGUUACACUCGGUACUGAGUGAGACUGACUUUAAAAGUGGAUACGCCGACUUUCUCAGACGCUGGAGACACAUGAGCGCCGACUCGGAUGGAUUUUUACUAGCUUUAGCGCGGAAUGCCACAAUUCCUGCCGAUGGAAAAGACGAGGUGGACAUGCCGCUAGACCGUGCUUUCGCUACUUGGGUUCGCCAGCCGGGCUAUCCGUUAAUCAACGUUACUUGGCAUCGUCACAAUGGCACGGUUGACAUUCACCAGAGUAAGUUCAAUUUCGAUGAUAUUCCGAGUGACGAGGAAGAAGAGGAGUUAGGGGAGGAAGAAGUGAAACGAGAAAAGGAAAAGCAGCCGCUGUGGUGGGUGCCGCUGACUUUUGUCUCGAUGGAACAAGGCAAUUUUUCCCAACCAGGUCUCGUCUGGUUAAAAGGCAAAGAACGCAUGACUCUCGAUAAAAUGGGUACUCCUAGCGAGGACGCCUGGAUCGUCUUUAAUGUCGAUAGAAAAGGGUACUAUCGCGUGAAUUACGACGAAGCUACCUGGAUCUCUCUGGCCUCUGUAUUGCUUGAAAAUCACGAGACCUUUCCGACUUCGACUCGUGCUUCCCUUAUCGACGACGCCCUCAGUCUUGCUCGUCAGGGUGCUCUCGGUUACGAGCGAGCUUUUGAGCUGAUAGCUUACCUCGGCCCAAAAGAACGGAGCCUCGCACCAUGGCAAACUAUGGCCAGACACGCCUUGCAAUUGGAUUUUGCCCUCUAUGAGACUCCAGCCUAUCCGAGCUAUCAGGACUUUAUGAGGAGGCUCGUCUCGAAGCUCUUCGACGACAUGGAAGAUAAGCUAGAUCAGGGAUUGCCCUUGGUUAUCGUUGCGAUGCAGUUGGCUUGUCAAUUCGAGUAUCAAAAGUGCACGAGUUGGGCAAAAAACAAAUGGCAGGAUGUGUACAAAAAUAACAAUACUGAAAAUUUGCCGGAGCACGUUCGCGAGACGAUUUAUUGCAUCGGAGCGCAGCGAGGUGGCCAAGAAGAAUUAACCUAUCUCAUGGAAAAAUUUGCCGACGAAAGCGACAGGGAGGAGAAGGAUCGAUUUCUCUCAGCACUCGGCUGCUUCCAGAGUCCCUGGAUUUUACAAAAAGUUUUGAAUGAAAUUCUCGAGAAUAAUAAAUAUGAGGACGACGAUAUCAAGGUAAUUUUGAAGUCCUAUGCAAAAAAUCCUGCAGCUGCCCAAGCGGCGAGGCGCUUCCUCCAAGAAAAUUGGAAAGAAAUUGUUGGAAGAUUCUCUCGCUCCUACUGGACGACAAAAGCAUUUGUUCAGGCGUCAACCAAUUUACUAUUUACCGAGAGAGAUAUAAACGAGUUCAAUGCGUUUAGAGAUGAAAAUAUCGACAGCUUAAAAUCCAUGGGACACUGGGUGGCUCUCAAUGAAAUCAAAGCUAUCUCUUGGAUUUUCAGGCUGAAGGAAUCGUCUUCGAGGAUACAGCACUGGUUCAAGACUUACAAUAUGCGUAUGCGUAAAGUGUAACUCUUUCCUCCUGAAAAGACGAAUUUUAGUACUUACCUUUUAGAUUUCAAAGGACAAAAAGUAUGUCAGGGCGAUUGUAACGAAUAGAAUGAGGACACGGUAAUAAUAUUCUACCACAACAAUUUUUAUUUUUCUUUGCUUGCAUUUCAUUAUCAAGCAUGAAUUAUAAAACCAAGCAACAAUUUUUUCUUCUUUUAUCUUCACGACUCUCUUCCGCUUUUUAUUCAUAUAUAUAGAACGCCACCCGUCAUU